AUGACGCAUUUCCAUCGUUGUUCAGUCAUAGCACUGAUUGUUUCUGGACUGCCAUUUGUUGCUGCGACAACCUGUGAUCGGAGCACUGAUCCCAACAUCCGGAACUCAUCUGCAGCAUUCCAGCUCGCCUCGUCCGAUGACCUGAACUGGUUCUCCACGCAUAACUGCACCACAAUUGACGAUGAUAUUACUCUACUGCAAAGCUUCAACGGAUCAUUCUCUCUCCCCAAUGUCACCAGUAUUAGCGGAGUCAUCAGCUAUAUGGCCCCUACUGAGACAUUUGAACUCACGUCGAUCUUGCUGCCAGACGUGCUGUACCUGGGAGGCAUUAACGUUUAUCUUCCAAGUAGUCAAGAGAUAAUAGAUGUAUCCGCCCCCAAAGCGACUGCCGUCGGCUCGAUUAAUCUGGCCGUACCGUUCACCGGCGCAGUGGACUUUCGGUCGUUGAAACAAGCGACGAAUAUCUCGCUGGCGGGGAAUUACUCGAGUGUGAGAUUUGACGCUUUGGAGCAAGUGAAUGGCAAUCUCAGCAUGCAUGGGUCUUAUACAGUUGCCGCGAAUUAUCUCGAUAAUGAAGCCCAUGGUCAACUCCCGCUUAGUUUUCCUGCCCUGCAAUCUGCGAUUUUUAUCCAGUUCUCGGGAGUGAUUACAGAAUUCUCGAUGCCUGUCCUCGAAACGGCCAACAUCCAAACUAGGAACUAUUUUGGCCCAUCGGGACUCUCGAUUCAUAACUACGGCGCGCCUUUAGACCUGAAUCUACCAAAGCUACGCUCAGUGGGCGAUAUGCUAGAUUUCCAGGGUGCAGUGUCCAGCCUUUCUCUGGACUCCCUACAAUCAACCCAGGGCAACAUCACAGUCGAGUCAUCAUCCCGUCUAGACGUCAAUUUCACAAGCUUAAAUUCCGCGGAGACCAUCCAGCUGAACGGAAACAUCACAAGCGCCGGGUUUCCCUCUCUCACCCAGGUCACUCGUGUUACAAUCAACAGCACCAACACCAUUGACUGCAGUUCCUUCCAGAGCGCCCUCAAGAAUGCAGCCCCGACUUCCAACUCCACCUGCAACGGGACAGGAGUGACAAGCACAAGCGGGCGAGGGUUAACCACUCGCGCGAAGGUGGGGAUAGCAGUGGGAGUGAGUAUCGCCGGCAUUGUGAUUGUGGGGUUAAUCAUCUGGUAUGAGCAGAGGACGGCGAGGAAUUAUAAAGAGCGAGCGGGGUUCCACUGGGGGCCGCAGAUUCCUCUGCAGGAGAGGACGAGGAGGAGAAGUGCGCCGGUGGAUGAUCCGCCGCCACCGUAUUCGUUGCAUCCGCCUGCUGACUGA